CCGGGGCUGCCCUUCCCCACACACCUUGGCCUGCGGGAGCCGAGAGAGCCGCAGGCAUAAUUAAGUAGGGGCUGGGAAGCCGGGCCGAAAGCCCCUGGCGACGGGGACCGGCUCUUCCCGGGGCCGCUCACUUCCUCUCGUUAUUUGCUGCCCUUCAACUUGCGUGGUAGGGAAAUGACGGCGCAGGCCCAUUUUACAGAUGGGGAAACCGACGACACCCAGCGAGAUCAUCACUCCCCGAUACCUGGUGUUUCUCCGGUACCAAUGUUACUACGAGUACCCGCUGCUGACCUACCUGGAGUACCCCAUUCUCAUCGCACAAGAUAUCAUCCUCCUGCUCGGUAUCUUCCACUUCAAUGGGAACGUGUUCGCGUCAGCGCCAUACGUCGCCCUAUUCGUGGCGUCUUGGUUCGUCCUCACCCUGCGGAAGUGGAUCAUUGAUCUUUCCAUGAGUUUAUGUCUUUUCAUCAGUGUGGCCAGUAAGUUUGCUCAGCUCCAGUACCUGUGGAAGACUGGGGACUCCGGAGCUGUGAGCGCUCUGACUUGGAGCCUCGCUUCCUACACCUGUGUGGCAAGAAUAAUAACAACUUUAAUGACCACCAAUGAUCUCACACUUCUUACACGUUUUGCGACCAUGCUGGCUUUAAAUUUAUGGGUCACUGCUACAGUACUUCGCUAUCGGAAGACCGUUUUAAAGGCUAAAUGAUGGACACUGUUCUUACAAAGUGGAUUUCGAAUAACUGAACCAAAGAAAAAGAAAAGCUCAUUGCUGGGUCAAGGUCUUUUAUAAAUUUAGUCAAUCAUUUCAGAAACUUUGAAGCCAAAGGUAUUUUAGAUUUGCAAGGGCCACUUAACUGCUUACUUAAAAAUGACCCCCCACCUCCAUUAGGUUGUUAGGGUUCAGACAUCUGCAUCUUUGAGGUUGAUUGAUGGAAGUUGUCCAAGAAUCCCAUUUGGAGAUUCUCGCUUUGACCCUUAGUCAUGAUUAAGUUCUCUCCAACGAGCUGAGCUGCCUAGAGCUAACUGCAUCUGUUUUACAGCUUUCAGAAUCUUUUAAACAAAUGCUGUGCAGAGCACAAAUGAACAUGAAUGGAGUGGGAUUUUGCUCAAAGUCAGAAGUGGAUUUGUAACAAAUUCCUAGGGUUCACUUUCUGGGACUGUUUAAUUGUAACAGACAAAGCAGGAUAUCCUUAUUGUAUCGUAACAGUGCAAUCCUCCCUAUGUUAUUGGAAGCACAUCAGGGCAUGCAAAAAAUGUAACUAACUUGUGUUCAUACACCAAAGUGGUCCUUUAGCUUCAUACUGUGCCUUUAAGUAAUUCCUAAGAAACGGCAGUAUUGGAUGCAAUCUCUGUUUACGAUGAGGCAAUCCCAGUGAACGUUCUGAUUCAACCAUUUUUAAAAGGCCACAUCUAUGCAAUUACUGUUACUAGAAUUUAGUACGAAAUACAGCCUGACCUCAACCAGGUUUUGUGUAUUGAAAAUAUAUGCAGUAAAGGGUAUUGCUGAGUUCUGCCAAGUUCUUAUGGCUUUUGUUCUCAUUAUCACAUUCUAAACAUGGUAUGAUUCUACACUGUAUUUUCAUGUUUAUAAACCCUAACACUUAAAAACUCUCUUUCCUCUUACAGUUGAAUGGCAUUAUCCUGGUAUAUGCAGUAAGCAAUGUUUAUUAGAAAAUAUUUAUGUAAAAUAAACUUUCAUAUUUUGAA